AUGAAUUCAAUUACAAAUUAUUUCAUUUUCGUUGCAUUUAUACUAAACGUAUGUUUAGUAUUAGCCGCAAAUGAAGACGAGAUAAAGAGUCUUCCGGGUCUCUCAGAACCCAUUAAUUUUAAGCAAUAUUCCGGUUAUUUGGAUAUAACUGAAGGCAAACAUUACUUCUAUUGGUUCGUCGAGAGUCAAAAGGAUCCCGAGAACGCACCGGUAGUCCUAUGGCUGAAUGGAGGGCCCGAACCCAUUAAUUUUAAGCAAUAUUCCGGUUAUUUGGAUAUAACUGAAGGCAAACAUUACUUCUAUUGGUUCGUCGAGAGUCAAAAGGAUCCCGAGAACGCACCGGUAGUCCUAUGGCUGAAUGGAGGGCCCGGUUGUAGUUCAUUGUUUGGAAACCUUGGAGAAAACGGACCCUUUCGGGUGAAUUCCGACGGGAAGACCCUGGUGUUGAACCCUCACAGUUGGAAUAAAGUAGCGAAUGUCAUAUAUCUUGAAUCCCCGGUCGGAACCGGUUAUAGUUAUAAAGACGAUAAGAAGUACCACAACACAGAUGUGUCGACAGCAGAGGACAACCAUUUAGUUAUGGAAGCAUUUUUCGAGAAAUACCCAAAUCUGAAGAAAAACCCAUUUUAUAUAACGGGUGAAAGUUAUGCCGGAAUUUAUAUCCCAAUGUUAGCCCAACAGAUAUUCGCCAAGAAUUCCACUAUUAAUUUGAAAGGUGUUGCCAUUGGAAAUGGAUACCUGGAUUUGGGUACAUUAGGCGGUCAGCACAGCAUUGACAUGGAAUUGGGUCACGGAUUCGUUACAACAGAUUCUUAUGAGAAGAAGAUUGAGAAUUGCUGUGAAUGUAAGACCGGAGAAGUGCAACACGGAUGCGAUUUCUCUAAACCCCUGUAUAACAAAUAUUACGCCAAAGCGUCCAACAGAUCACCAAUGAGUCUGACCUCUAAUGACAACUACGACUGUCCGGAAAACGGAUACACCGAUUGGUUGAAUUUACCGGAAGUACGGACAGCACUACACGUGCGAAGUGAUGACAAACACGUGUGGGAUGACUGCGGCGGUCCUUAUUCUGACUUCGGUCGCGACCAACACUCGACUGUCACUGAAUUGUUAGAUAAGUAUAAAAUCGGAAAACUAGUCAUAUUUAAUGGAAACUUCGACACUGUCUGCGAUCACAUCGCUAAUCACCGGUUCGUCGACAGUCUGAACCUUAAGAAAGAGGGUUCGUGGAAAGAUACGGAGGGAAGGAUCGGUGGGUUUGUGCAGCACUACGAGAAAAAUCUGAGUUUCGUUUUAGUCCGCGGGGCCGGACAUAUGGUCCCUCACGACAAACCAGAGGCUGCCCUACAGUUACUCAAGAAUAUAAAGAGUCUUCCGGGUCUUUCAGAACCGAUAAAUUUUAAGCAAUAUUCGGGUUAUUUGGAUAUAACUGAAGGCAAACAUUACUUCUAUUGGUUCGUUGAGAGCCAAAAGGAUCCCGAGAACGCACCGGUAGUCCUAUGGCUGAAUGGAGGGCCCGGUUGUAGUUCACUGUUUGGAAACCUGGGAGAGAACGGACCCUUUCGAGUGAAUUCCGAUGGGAAGACCCUGGUGUUAAAUCCGAGCAGUUGGAAUAAAGUAGCGAAUGUCAUAUAUCUUGAAUCCCCGGUCGGAACCGGUUAUAGUUAUAAAGACGAUAAGAAGUACCACAACACAGAUGUGUCGACAGCAGAGGACAAUCAUUUAGUUAUGGAAGCAUUUUUCGAGAAAUACCCAAAUCUGAAGAAAAACCCAUUUUAUAUAACGGGUGAAAGUUAUGCCGGAAUUUAUAUCCCAAUGUUAGCCCAACAGAUAUUCGCCAAGAAUUCCACAAUUAAUUUGAAAGGUGUUGCCAUUGGAAAUGGAUACCUGGAUUUGGGUACAUUAGGCGGUCAGCACAGCAUUGAUAUGAAAUUGGGUCACGGAUUCGUUACAACAGAUUCUUAUGAGAAAAAGAUUGAGAAUUGCUGUGAAUGUAAGACCGGAGAAGUGCAACACGGAUGCGAUUUCUCUAAACCAGUCAAUGCUACCAAGGUACAAAUAGAGAGUUCAAGCGGUCGGAAUGCAUACAACAUGUACGACGAUUGUGGUGCGACCGUUGCAUACGCUAAGCUGUAUAACAAAUAUUAUGCCAAAGCGUCCAACAGUCUACCAAUGAGUCUGACCUCUAAUGACAACUACGACUGUCCGCACAACGGAUACACCGAUUGGUUGAAUUUACCGGAAGUACGGACAGCACUACACGUGCGAAGUGAUGACAAACACGUGUGGGAAGACUGCGGCGGUCCGUAUGAGGACUUCGGUCGCGACCAACACUCGACUGUCACUGAAUUGUUAGAUAAGUAUAAAAUCGGAAAACUAGUCAUAUUUAAUGGAAACUUCGACACUGUCUGCGAUCACGUCGCUAACCAUCGGUUCGUCGACAGUCUGAACCUUAAAAAAGAGGGCCGUUUUACUUCGUGGACGGAUGGGGACGGUAGGAUCGGUGGGUUCGUACAGCACUACGAGAAAAACCUGAGUUUCGUGUUAGUCCGCGGGGCCGGACAUAUGGUCCCUCACGACAAACCAGAGGCUGCCCUACAGUUACUCAAGAAUGUGAUCAAAGACCUCCCUGGGCUUUCACAACCCAUUAAUUUCAAGCAAUAUUCGGGUUAUUUGGAUAUAACUGAAGGCAAACAUUACUUUUAUUGGUUCGUUGAGAGUCAAAAAGAUCCCGAGAACGCACCGGUAGUCUUAUGGCUAAAUGGAGGGCCCGGUUGUAGUUCAUUGUUUGGAAACCUGGGAGAGAACGGACCCUUUCGAGUGAAUUCCGAUGGGAAGACCCUGGUGUUGAACCCUCACAGUUGGAAUACUGUGGCGAAUGUCAUAUAUCUUGAAUCCCCGGCCGGAACUGGAUUUAGUUAUAAAGACGACGGCGUCUAUAAUAAUACUGAUAAGUCUACGGCAGAGGACAACCAUUUAGUAUUAGAAGAGUUUUUCAAGAAAUAUCCCAAUUAUAAGAAAAACCCAUUUUAUAUAACGGGUGAAAGUUAUGCCGGCGUUUAUAUCCCAAUGUUAGCCCAACAGAUAUUCAACACUAAAUCUGCGAUUAAACUAAAAGGUGUUGCCAUUGGAAAUGGAUUAUUAACUGGAACUAUAUUUGAUCAGUCAAACUAUGACUUUGCUUUAGCCCAUGGAUUACUAACCACUGAUUCAUAUGAAAAAUUGAUUGAAAAUUGUUGUGAAUGUAAAACGGGUCGAGUGUUACAUGAAUGCGAUUUUACUAAUCCUUUCAAUGCUUCUAAGUGUCAAUCGGUUGGUGUUGAGACAGUUUCGACGCCCAAUAGCUAUAAUAUAUACGACGACUGCGAUGCCAGCGCUCCUUAUCAGAGGAUUUUCGACAAAUAUUACGCCAAAACUCACCGAAAAUAUGGGUUUAAUGUAAAGUCAAAUCGUAAUGCACACUACAGGUGCCCACACAACGGUUAUAUAGAUUAUCUGAAUCUACGGGAAGUUCGCGAAGCAAUACAUGUGAGGAGGGAUGCGGGACAUUGGGAUGACUGCGGCGGUCCUUACAGUGAUUGGGGGACUAAACAACACGACAACACCAUUGAAUUGAUCAAUGAAUAUAAACUGCAGAGAUUUGUUGUCUAUAACGGAGACUUCGAUACGGUUUGUAAUUUUGUUGGCGACCAACGAUUCGUUGAUGGACUGGGAUUCAAAAAAUCUGGUCAUUACAGUCAAUGGACUAUUGGUGGAAAGCCUGACGGAAUUAUUGGUGGAUUUGUGCAAAAAUACGAGAAGGGCGUCAGUUUCGUGUUAGUCCGCGGGGCCGGGCAUAUGGUCCCUCACGACAAACCAGAGGCUGCCCUACAGUUACUCAAGAAUGUGAUCGGAAUCACACAUGUCGGCUUUAGUUAUAAAGACGAUAAGAAGUAUCACAACACAGAUAAGUCUACCGCAGAGGACAACCAUUUAGCUCUCGAAGCGUUUUUCGAAAAGUUUCCAAAUCUGAAGAAAAACCCAUUUUAUAUAACGGGUGAAAGUUAUGCCGGAAUUUAUAUCCCAAUUAAAUGUGAGGCAACAGAAGUGGAAACGACUGGAUCACCCAAUCCAUACAAUGUUUACGAUGAUUGUGGCGCUAAUUCUGCAUAUCUGGGACUUUUCAAUAAAUAUUACGCAAAGGCUUCCAACAAAUUACCAGUCAAUGAAAGACCAAAUAUCAAUUGUCCGCACCAGGGGUUUACAGAUUACCUAAACAUACCAGAAGUACGUAAAGCACUGCACGUACGCCCUGAGGACACCCACCACUGGAAUGAUUGCGGCGGAUCCUAUUCAGGAGGGUUUACAGACCAAAGACCUAUUAUUAUGGAUUUGAUUAAUAAGUAUAAUAUCGGAAAACUUGUCAUAUUUAAUGGAAACUUCGACACCGUAUGCGAUCACAUCGAUAAUAAUAGAUUUGUUGAUAGUCUUGCAUUUAAGAAAGAUGGUCACUAUAGUGCCUGGCACACACCCGAUGGAUUUAUUGGUGGAUUUACUCAGCACUACGAGAAAGGCCUGAGUUUCGUAUUAGUUCGCGGGUCCGGACAUAUGGUUCCUCACGACCAACCAGUGGCUGCCCUACAGUUACUCAAAAAUGUUGCCCAAAAAGUAUUAGCCGCCAAUGAGGAUGAAAUUGUGAGUCUUCCGGGUCUCUCAGAACCCAUUAAUUUUAAACAAUAUUCCGGUUAUUUGGAUAUAACUGAAGGCAAACAUCACUUUUAUUGGUUCGUUGAGAGUCAAAAAGAUCCCGAGAACGCACCGGUAGUCCUAUGGCUGAAUGGAGGGCCCGGUUGUAGUUCACUGUUUGGAAACCUGGGAGAGAACGGACCCUUUCGA